AUGCUGCAGAAAUAUCAGAUCGUCAGGGUGACUUGGUGACAAAUAUUUGGAAACACUAACUUUCAAAAGAUUUCAAAGAUAACUAAAACACACGAGAAGUGGAAUGGACAUUUGUUGUCCAAGAGUCUGGCUGUUGACACUGGUUAUGCUUGCGUACUGUGGACUCGCUCAUUCAAAACUAUGUGACUAUUCCGUGGUUACAUACGAAGAUGUCAGUGCGAAAUGUUCAAAAUUCACAGUAAUGAUUCUAGACGGGUUCAUUCUAAAUAAAACGUUAUCUGGAUUUGGUUCAUACUCGGACAGUGAGAUACAGUCUAUUAUAACUAACGCAUUGUUACAACCUGAAAACAGUCCAAAUUGUAUCUUCACAAAAAAGAUAGACAACAAAUAUGAAGAUUGUUGUGCUGGCUGGACAGGCGCUAACUGUUCCUCUGUUGUUUGUGACCCUCCAUGCAAGCAUGGAUAUUGUGCAAUGCCUAGUUUUUGUGUUUGUGAUGACGACUUUACUGGAUACAGGUGCGACGAUCUAGAAUCGCAAGCGAACAACGUCAGUUACCAGUAUUGUUACGGCUCCUCACAAUGUUACGGUCCCAAGCAAACAUCAUUUGAGGAUACGGCUGUAGACGAAUCAACGUGCUGCAGUAACGGUGGUGGUGGUUGGGGCGUUGAUGGCACGUCAAUGUGUCAGGCUUGUUCGGAUCACCAUUAUACUGACACCAGUGUGGUCAAUCAAACCAAUGUUCUCCCGUUCAGGACUUGUUUGAAUUUCGGUAAAACAUAUUACCGUACAUUUGACGGAUUGGAGUACCAGUUUUCAGGUGAAUGUACGUACACACUGGCAGAGAACCACAAUCAAGGCUGGCAUGUUGAAAUGUCUGUGAAACAGUGUGAGACCAUUACUACAUGUGACAAGAAAAUAUCUAUAUAUAUUGACCAAGGUGACAGGAUAGAAAUACAGUCAGGAAAAUGUUAUAUCAAUGGUGUAUUGACUGAAUUAUUACCCGGAGAACCACAUUUCACUCCAAAAAAGUCAUUCAGCAUAGAUUACAGCGGCGAAUGGCUCCACAUUGAGUCACCAAACGGUCUACGUGUAAAGGUGGACAUGAAAUCAACAGUGUAUGUUACUCUAAACAAGGAUAAGAAUAUCGGAGAGCCCAUACACGGGCUUUGUGGCAACAGCAAUGGAGAUCCUUAUGAUGAUCUUGAAACAAAGAAUCAUGAGAUGACAACCAGUCCAGUGGUGUUUGGUAACUCGUACAAGAUUGUUGACAGUAGCUACAUCUGUAGUGAUGCUGGUUCAUUAAGGGAUGCAUGUUUGAAUGUAGCCGACAAUGAACAGAAUGAAGCUGCCGCCGAGUGUUCAUAUAUACGUUCACAAACCUUUCAUGAUUGUCAUGGCGUGGUCAAUGAAGGGCUAUGGUAUGAACUCUGUAUGAACGCUCACUGUGCAGAGGAAACCUCGGAGGCAAAACGUGCCGUAGUUUGUGACGUCACAGAGGCAUACGCUAGACUUUGCGCUGAUAAGAAUGUCACAAUAUAUUGGAGAUCACUUCUAGACUGCCCCAAGGACUGUCCAGCAGGGUUCGAAUAUUAUGAUCGCAUUCCUCGCUGUCCACGAACAUGUAAAACGUUACACGAGGUGAUGCCUAGUGAUUGUUACAUGGAAACCGCGUCCGGUUGCGACUGCCCUGUAGGAAGAUUUCUUCAAAAUGGCGUCUGUGUACUUCCGGAAGAAUGCAUGUGUGAUUUCCGAGGAGUAAAAUAUAACAACACGGAUCGGAUACAAAUUGGCUGUAACAGAUGUGUAUGCUAUAUGGGACGUUGGAACUGCACAAUGGAUAAGUGUAGUUCAACAUGUAAUGUGUAUGGACUGUCUCACGUCAAAACAUUCGAUGGAUUGAAAUAUGAAUUUGAAGCAACAAGAUGUGCAUACUAUCUUGUGCAGCCAAUAGAUCCUAACGCUGUGGACGACCCUGCAAGUGAUCUGUCUAUAAGAAUCUUACAUGACCAUUGUGGAGAAGAUAUAAAUGAUGACCGGAACUGCAUAAGUGGGGUCCGAAUACAGAACCAAGGAAACGUUGUCAUCAUCAACAAGGAUUCUGUUUCCAUCAAUGGAAGAGAUUAUACAGAGUUCAUACAUAAGAUGCCAUACUGGACGAGAACGUUGUAUGUCAAACAAGCAACAUCAUUGUUCAUACUUGUAAAGGGUUUUGGUUACCGUGUGUUGGUUGGCUUCAGAAGAGUUUACGUCAGUCUUGAUCCAUUCUUUGAUAACAAGGUUCAGGGUAUUUGUGGAAGAUUCAACUAUAAUUAUUGGGAUGAAUGGACAACAACUACAGGGAUUAAAGAAACAAAAGCUGGAGCGUUUGUCAAAUCAUACAUGCAUGAUCCCGGAAGUUGUGCAGCACAAACUGAGAGAAUUGCUGGAAGUGAAUGCCAAACAAAUCUAAAUGAGUACGCAAAAGAAGUAUGUGCACCGAUCCAGAACGAUGAAAUAUGGAUGCCUUGUAGAAAUCUUGUAGAAUUUUACAAGUUUUAUCAACAAUGUGUAAGUGACGUCUGUCUGAUAUCGAGGCUGAAUGUGACGGAAGUGGCGUGUGUGAUAAUGGCACAGGUGGCACGAGAAUGUGCGUUACAGGGUGCUAUUAUCGACGAUUGGAAAGACCAUCCGAGUAUUAAAGAAAUGUGUGAAUCGACCUUACCAUGUGAUACAAUUGCUGGCGAUAUGAAGUAUGAAGAGUGCGCUCCAGCGUGUAGUGGUCACUGUCGCGACGUGGAGCUGCUGGACACCGCCUGUGAACACGAGUGUAUACCCGGGUGUCGCUGUCCCCAGAAUCAGAUGUUAAGUGAUCAUGGUCAUUGUGUUAAUGAAGAUGAAUGCACGUGUUAUGACAAAUACGCCUCACUGGGUCAAAACUCAAUAGAAGCUGGGUCUGAAAUUGAAAGAAACUGCGAGCGUUGCAUAUGCACAAACGCUAAGCUGAAUUGCUCUGACAUACCUGACUGUGUUUCGGAUGUAACGUGUCCGUCUAAUCAAGUGUAUUUUGAGGAUCACGUGUUGUGUCCAUCAUCGUGUGAAACAUACCCUCAACAAUGUGACCAGGAUCAGGCUUUUACUGGCUGCAGCUGUCCAGAGCAUCUUACCAUGUCACCAAGUGGAACAUGUAUAGAGCCAGAUACGUGCCCUUGCCAGUACAAUAACGAAUGGUAUGAACCGGGACAUGAAUUUGGCGUCGGAUGUAAAUCCUACCGCUGUGAGCAUCGGAGAUGGGUUGUUACAAAAGUAGAGACAUGUCCAGGUACAUGCUGGACAUCUGGUAGCUCGAACUACAUGACCUUUGACGGAAACCAUUACAUAUUUGAAGGAACAUGCAAAUAUACACUAGUGAAAAGUAAAAAUGACGAGUUUCACGUUACUGUUGAAAAUGCUCCUUGUGGGACAACGGGAAUCACGUGCUACAAGGUGGUAGAGAUAUUUUUAGGUGAUAUUCACAUACAACUUAUGCGGGGGAUAGCACCGAAAAUUAACUACUAUCCCAUACCGUCGGACGAAUAUAACGACCAGGGUAUUCAUAUAACGAAGGCUGGACUUUGGACAUUUGUAAACAUCGAGGCAUUGAACCUGACCAUACAAUAUGACGAAGGUACUAGAGUGCUAAUUCAUUUGGCGGACACGUGGAAAGGAUUAACGAACGGAUUAUGUGGUGAUUAUAAUGAUGAUCAACCAGAUGAUUAUCUUGGUAUGCCAGACACAGAGUUUGGAAACAGUUAUAAAACCGAUACAACUUGUCCUGAUGUUGCACCUAAAGCCACAAACGAGAUGGUACCAUGUUAUGGGACAGAUGAACGACUACAGUGGGCUCAUGAGUCAUGUUCUAUUAUUAGAGAAGGAGAAACCUUUGCUGAAUGUAGAAAUGCGAUGUCGGACACACUUCUCGACCAAUACCAUCUGGAUUGUCUCUACGACUCUUGCAGAUGUGACAAAGGAGGAGAUUGCGAAUGUUUGUGUACAGCUCUUGCUAAUUUUGCUGAAGGUUGCAACAAAAUUAAUGUCCCCGUCAGGUGGCGUACACGCUGGCUCUGUCCAAUGCAAUGCGAAAACAACAUGGUAUACUCGGCAUGUGCCGCACCUUGUCCCCAGACUUGUCAGAACAUUGGCGACGAACCGGAUGCUACAUGUUCGUCAUCAUCAUGUGUAGAGGGAUGCACCUGCCCGACCGGUUACAUACUGUCAGGCGACAAUUGUAUAACUGCAGAGAAGUGUCCAUGUUUUCAUAAUGGCAUUGAAUAUCCUAUUGGAACAUCUUUAAACAUGAAUGGAUGUGAUAAUUGCGUUUGUAUGGGCGGAAAAUUUAAUUGUUCAGAGAGCGUAUGUAAUAAAACUUGUGAAAGUGAACAGUUUAUGUGCAGUGAUGGUGCUUGUAUUAAUAUUGAAUUUUUGUGUGAUGGCAUAACUGAUUGCACAGACAACAGUGAUGAAACAAACUGUGCGUUCAACUGCACGUCAGAUCAAUUCAAAUGUAAUAGUGGUAAAUGUGUACCCAACAACGUUCUUUGUGAUGGUGCAAAUAACUGCAUGCUUGGAGAAGACGAGUUAUUCUGUGUGACGACGUGUGAAGAAGACGAGUUCAGAUGUGAAAUUGGUGUUUGUAUUCCGUUGUCAUGGAGAUGUGACGACAUUAAGGACUGUGGAGAGUUUGAUUCGUCUGACGAGAUAAAUUGUACAGAAGCUUGUAAUUCUGUUGAUCAGUUCCGUUGUGACAAUGGAAAUUGUGUUCCUGGGACACUAAGAUGUGAUCAACAUGAUGACUGUGGUGACGGAAGUGACGAGAUUGAUUGUGAGUUAACAACUAUUCUAAAAACAACGGUCGGCAUUGCUAGUAGUAUAUCAACGACACAUUUGCCUAUGAGCACUACAACUGCGAAAUCUUCAUCUGCGGAAACUUCCAAUAUAUCAACUUCAACUGCAACACCAAACAUAACUAGCAGUACUCCAUCUGUGACAACUUCAGUGUUUCAGACUGGACAAGCGGGCUUGCCAUUCACAACAAACAUUCCCGAGUCAAUUAUCGCUUCAACUGGCCAAUCUGAAAGCCCCAUCUCAUCAGUCUCUCCUGGUCAAUCCAAAAUAUCACCUAUUUAUGGUAGUUCUAAAGUACAAGAAACGCCAUUUACAAGUACAGCUCAAUCUGUAACCACGUCCUCUUCUGAAAAGGAACAGACAAGUGCGCCAUCCACUGCAACCAUUCCAGUGUCAACUGCUGCAACAAAAUUGACAUCGCAAUCAUCAUUGCAAUCCGGUUCUACUAUGCAUGAAACGUCAAUUUCACAUGCCACCGGUGUCCCAACCACGAAAACAAUAGGUGCAUCUGAAAAGGUUACCCAUGCUCAAAGUACUGGUACAGCCCAAUCUUCUUCAAAAUCAGUAUCUGAGUCAGGACAGUUAGGUUUUUCAGUAGCUGUUUCGACAGGAGUAACUUAUGCAACAACAUCCAGUCCGGUACCAAGAGUAACUAGUACGGUUCAGCUUCAAACGACCUCAGCAUCUGAGAUAGGAAAGUCUGGUAGAACAUACACAGCCAGUGUAACCGAGUCAAAUACUAUACCUGCAGGUCAAUCCGAAACAUCAUCUAUUUAUGGUAGUUCUAAAGUACAAGAAACGCCAUUUACACAAAUUACAAGUGUCCCCGCCAGUAUGCCGGAAAUUGCUUCAUCGAAAGAGGUAAGCCAUGCUUCACCCACAGGUAAAGGCCCAUCUGUUACAACCUCAGUAUAUGAGACAGGAUAUGCAAGUACGUCAUCCGGUACAUCUGAAGCAAUUACUCGUGUUACAACUGUUAGUGCUAAACCAAUAUUAACCAGUUCGGCUCCUUCUGUAACAACCUCAAUUUCUGAGAUAGGACAAGCAGGAACUACAUUAGAAGCAAUUGCUCCAGGCUCAAGUAUUGCAUCUGGUAGCCAAUCACUUUCCUCACUACAACCUCUUUCCACAGUACAUGGAACAUCAACUCCACAUGUCAUACAUGUUUCAAGUACAGCUCCAUCUGUAACCACGUCUUCUUCUGAAAAGGAAGAGACAAGUGCGCCAUCCACUGCAAGCAUUCCAGUGCCAACUGCUGGAACAAAAUUGACAUCGCAAUCAUCAUUGCAAUCCGGUUCUACUUUGUAUGAAACGUCAAUUUCACAUGCCACCAGAGUCCCAACCACGGAAACAAUAGGUGCAUCUGAAAAGGUUACCCAUGCUCAAAGUACUGGUACAGCCCAAUCUUCUUCAAAAUCAGUAUCUGAGUCAGGACAGUUAGGUUCAUCGGUAGCUGUUUCGACAGGAGUAACUUAUGCAACAACAUCCAGUCCGGUACCAAGAGUAACUAGUACGGUUCAGCUUCAAACGACCUCAGCAUCUGAGACAGGAAAGUCUGGUAGAACAUUCACAGCCAGUGUAACUGAGUCAAAUACUAUACCUGCAGGUCAAUCCGAAACAUCACCUAUUUAUGGUAGUUCUAAAGUACAAGAAACGCCAUUUACACAAAUUACAAGUGUCCCCGCCAGUGUGCCGGAAAUUGCUUCAUCGAAAGAGGUUACCCAUGCUUCAUCCACAGGUAAAGGCCCAUCUGUUACAACCUCAGUAUAUGAGACAGGAUAUGAAAGUACGUCAUCCGGUACAUCUGAAGCAAUUACUCGUGUUACAACUGUUAGUGCUAAACCAAUAUUAACCAGUUCGGCUCCUUCUGUAACAACCUCAAUUUCUGAGAUAGGACAAGCAGGAACUACAUUAGAAGCAAUUGCUCCAGGCUCAAGUAUUGCAUCUGGUAGCCAAUCACUUUCCUCACUACAACCUCUUUCCACAUUGCAUGGAACAUCAACUCCACAUGUCAUACAUGUUUCAAGUACAGCUCCAUCUGUAACCACGUCUUCUUCUGAAAAGGAAGAGACAAGUGCGCCAUCCACUGCAAGCAUUCCAAUGUCAACUGCUGGAACAAAAUUGGCAUCGCAAUCAUCAUUGCAACCCGGUUCUACUAUGCAUGAAACGUCAAUUUCACAUGCCACCAGUGUCCCAACCACGGAAACAAUAGGUGCAUCUGAAAAGGUUACCCAUGCUAAAAGUACUGGUACAGCCCAAUCUUCUUCAAAAUCAGUAUCUGAGUCAGGACAGUUAGGUUCAUCGGUAGCUGUUUCGACAGGAGUAACUUAUGCAACAACAUCCAGUCCGGUACCAAGAGUAACUAGUACGGUUCAGCUUCAAAGGACCUCAGCAUCUGAGACAGGAAAGUCUGGUGGAACAUUCACAGUCAGUUUAACCGAGUCAAAUACUAUACCUGCAGGUCAAUCCGAAACAUCACCUAUUUAUGGUAGUUCUAAAGUACAAGAAACGCCAUUUACACAAAUUACAAGUGUCCCCGCUAGUGUGCCGGAAAUUGCUACAUCGAAAGAGGUUAGCCAUGCUUCACCCACAGGUAAAGGCCCAUCUGUUACAACUUCUGAAUAUGAGACAGGAUAUACAGGUACAUCAUCCGGUACAUCUGAAGCAGUUACUCGUGUAACAACUGCUAGUGCUAAACCAAUAUUAACCAGUUCGGCUCCUUCUGUUACAACCUCAAUUUCUGAGAUAGGACAAGCAGAACCUACAUUAGAAGCAAUUGCUCCAGGGUCAAGUAUUGCAUCUGGUAGCCAAUCACUUUCCUCACUACAACCUCUUUCCACAGUGCAUGGAACAUCAACUCCACAUGUCAUACAUGUUUCAAGUACAGCUCCAUCUGUAACCACGUCUUCUUCUGAAAAGGAAGAGACAAGUGCGCCAUCCACUGUAAGCAUUCCAGUGCCAACUGUUGGAACAAAAUUGACAUCGCAAUCAUCAUUGCAAUCCGGUUCUACUUUGUAUGAAACGUCAAUUUCACAUGCCACCAGAGUCCCAACCACGGAAACAAUAGGUGCAUCUGAAAAGGUUACCCAUGCUCAAAGUACUGGUACAGCCCAAUCUUCUUCAAAGUCAGUAUCUGAGUCAGGACAGUUAGGUUCAUCGGUAGCUGUUUCGACAGGAGUAACUUAUGCAACAACAUCCAGUCCGGUACCAAGAGUAACUAGUACGGUUCAGCUUCAAACGACCUCAGCAUCUGAGACAGGAAAGUCUGGUGGAACAUUCACAGUCAGUGUAACCGAGUCAAAUACUAUACCUGCAGGUCAAUCCGAAACAUCACCUAUUUAUGGUAGUUCUAAAGUACAAGAAACGCCAUUUACACAAAUUACAAGUGUCCCCGCUAGUGUGCCGGAAAUUGCUACAUCGAAAGAGGUUAGCCAUGCUUCACCCACAGGUAAAGGCCCAUCUGUUACAACUUCUGAAUAUGAGACAGGAUAUACAGGUACAUCAUCCGGUACAUCUGAAGCAGUUACUCGUGUAACAACUGCUAGUGCUAAACCAAUAUUAACCAGUUCGGCUCCUUCUGUUACAACCUCAAUUUCUGAGAUAGGACAAGCAGAACCUACAUUAGAAGCAAUUGCUCCAGGGUCAAGUAUUGCAUCUGGUAGCCAAUCACUUUCCUCACUACAACCUCUUUCCACAGUGCAUGGAACAUCAACUCCACAUGUCAUACAUGUUUCAAGUACAGCUCCAUCUGUAACCACGUCUUCUUCUGAAAAGGAAGAGACAAGUGCGCCAUCCACUGCAAGCAUUCCAGUGCCAACUGCUGGAACAAAAUUGACAUCGCAAACAACAUUGCAAUCCGGUUCUACUUUGUAUGAAACGUCAAUUUCACAUGCCACCAGAGUCCCAACCACGGAAACAAUAGGUGCAUCUGAAAAGGUUACCCAUGCUCAAAGUACUGGUACAGCCCAAUCUUCUUCAAAAUCAGUAUCUGAGUCAGGACAGUUAGGUUCAUCGGUAGCUGUUUCGACAGGAGUAACUUAUGCAACAACAUCCAGUCCGGUACCAAGAGUAACUAGUACGGUUCAGCUUCAAAAGACCUCAGCAUCUGAGACAGGAAAGUCUGGUAAAACAUUCACAGCCAGUGUAACUGAGUCAAAUACUAUACCUGCAGGUCAAUCCGAAACAUCACCUAUUUAUGGUAGUUCUAAAGUACAAGAAACGCCAUUUACACAAAUUACAAGUGUCCCCGCCAGUGUGCCGGAAAUUGCUUCAUCGAAAGAGGUUACCCAUGCUUCAUCCACAGGUAAAGGCCCAUCUGUUACAACUUCUGAAUAUGAGACAGGAUAUACAGGUACAUCAUCCGGUACAUCUGAAGCAGUUACUCGUGUAACAACUGCUAGUGCUAAACCAAUAUUAACCAGUUCGGCUCCUUCUGUUACAACCUCAAUUUCUGAGAUAGGACAAGCAGAACCUACAUUAGAAGCAAUUGCUCCAGGGUCAAGUAUUGCAUCUGGUAGCCAAUCACUUUCCUCACUACAACCUCUUUCCACAGUGCAUGGAACAUCAACUCCACAUGUCAUACAUGUUUCAAGUACAGUUCCAUCUGUAACCACGUCUUCUUCUGAAAAGGAAGAGACAAGUGCGCCAUCCACUGCAAGCAUUCCAGUGCCAACUGCUGGAACAAAAUUGACAUCGCAAUCAUCAUUGCAAUCCGGUUAUACUUUGUAUGAAACGUCAAUUUCACAUGCCACUAGAGUCCCAACCACGGAAACAAUAGGUGCAUCUGAAAAGGUUACCCAUGCUCAAAGUACUGGUACAGCCCAAUCUUCUUCAAAAUCAGUAUCUGAGUCAGGACAGUUAGGUUCAUCGGUAGCUGUUUCGACAGGAGUAACUUAUGCAACAACAUCCAGUCCGGUACCAAGAGUAACUAGUACGGUUCAGCUUCAAACGACCUCAGCAUCUGAGACAGGAAAAUCUGGUAGAACAUUCACAGCCAGUGUAACCGAGUCAAAUACUAUACCUGCAGGUCAAUCCGAAACAUCACCUAUUUAUGGUAGUUCUAAAGUACAAGAAACGCCAUUUACACAAAUUACAAGUGUCCCCGCUAGUGUGCCGGAAAUUGCUACAUCGAAAGAGGUUAGCCAUGCUUCACCCACAGGUAAAGGCCCAUCUGUUACAACUUCUGAAUAUGAGACAGGAUAUACAGGUACAUCAUCCGGUACAUCUGAAGCAGUUACUCGUGUAACAACUGCUAGUACUAAACCAAUAUUAACCAGUUCGGCUCCUUCUGUUAUAACCUCAAUUUCUGAGAUAGGACAAGCAGAACCUACAUUAGAAGCAAUUGCACCAGGGUCAAGUAUUGCAUCUGGUAGCCAAUCACUUUCCUCACUACAACCUCUUUCCACAGUGCAUGGAACAUCAACUCCACAUGUCAUACAUGUUUCAAGUACAGCUCCAUCUGUAACCACGUCUUCUUCUGAAAAGGAAGACACAAGUGCGCCAUCCACUGCAAGCAUUCCAGUGCCAACUGCUGGAACAAAAUUGACAUCGCAAUCAUCAUUGCAAUCCGGUUCUACUUUGCAUGAAACGUCAAUUUCACAUGCCACGAGUGUCCCAACCACGGAAAUAAUAGGUGCAUCUGAAAAGGUUACCCAUGCUCAAAGUACUGUUACCGCCCAAUCUUCUUUAAAAUCAGUAUCUGAGUCAGGACAGUUAGGUUCAUCAGUAGCUUUUUCGACAGGAGUAACUUAUGCAACAACAUCCAGUCCGGUACCAAGAGUAACUAGUACGGUUCAGCUUCAAACGACCUCAGCAUCUGAGACAGGAAAGUCUGGUGGAACAUUCACAGCCAGUGUAACUGAGUCAAAUACUAUACCUGCAGGUCAAUCCGAAACAUCACCUAUUUAUGGUAGUUCUAAAGUGCAAGAAACGCCAUUUACACAAAUUACAAGUGUCCCCGCCAGUGUACCGGAAAUUGCUUCAUCGAAAGAGGUUACUCAUGCUUCACCCACAGGUAAAGGCCCAUCUGUUACAACCCCAGUAUAUGAGACAGGAUAUGCAAGUACGUCAUCCGGAACAUCUGAAGCAAUUACUCGUGUUACAACUGCUAGUGCUAAACCAAUAUUUACCAGUUCGGUUCCUUCUGUAACAACUUCAAUUUCUGAGAUAGGACAAGCAGGAUCUACAUUAGAAGCAAUUGCUCCAGGCUCAAGUAUUGCAUCUGGUAGCCAAUCACUUUCCUCACUACAACCUCUUUCCACAUUGCAUGGAACAUCAACUCCACAUGUCAUACAUGUUUCAAGUACAGCUCCAUCUGUAACCACGUCUUCUUCUGAAAAGGAAGAGACAAGUGCGCCAUCCACUGCAAGCAUUCCAAUGUCAACUGCUGGAACAAAAUUGGCAUCGCAAUCAUCAUUGCAACCCGGUUCUACUAUGCAUGAAACGUCAAUUUCACAUGCCACCAGUGUCCCAACCACGGAAACAAUAGGUGCAUCUGAAAAGGUUACCCAUCCCCAAAGUACUGGUACAGCCCAAUCUUCUUCAAAAUCAGUAUCUGAGUCAAGACAAUCAGGUUCAUCGGUAGCUGUUUCGACAGGAGUCAUUUAUGCAACCACUACCAGUCCGAUACCAAGAGAAACUCAUACGGUUCAGCUAGAACCAACCUUUGCAUCUCAGACAGGACAGUCUGGCACAACAUUCACAGCAAGUGUAACCGAGUCAAGUACUUUACUUGCAGGUCAAUCCGAAACAUCACCUUUUUAUAGUAGUUCUGAGGUACAUGAAACGUCAGGUACACCUGUUACAAGUAUAUCCGCGAAGUUGCCCGUAAUCACUACAGCUAAUGAAGUAAGCCAUAUCUCAAUUACUGGUAAAGGUCCUUCUGCAACUGUAACGGCUCCGCCUGUAAAACCUUUAACAACUGAGGCUGAAGAGGCAGGUAUGACAUUUACCUCAAGUGUACCAUGGUCAAGUAUAUCCUCGCAACAGUCUACUUCAGGUGAACAGUCAUCAAUUAGAACAGAAAAAGUUUCCUAUUCAGUCAGUUCUUCUGUAUUUCCGUCAACUAUUUCAGCUGCUGCAUCCAUCUCUCAGAAAGAAACUUCAAAUAUACUAACAAAACUCGAAAUCCCUAUCUUAUACACCACAAGAUAUAUACCAUCAAAACACGGUUCGACGGCGCAUGGAAUGUCUACGAAACAUGUUUCAAGUCUUCCAACCUCUGUUUCCGGAAGAACACCGACUACGUCUAGUGGUGUUACGCAUUCAGCCAUAUCAGGUAUGUCACCAAAAAUUACUAGAACGACUCGGUCUUUAAACGACCUUUAUAUCUGAGACAGAUCAGACUGCAACAAAAUUUGUAAGAUUUCCCUCCAGAAAUAAUCCAUCAACUCGUCACUUUGACUGUUUUUGGUUAUCAUCGUCCCGAGAUUUGUAGGCCGCCACGGGUAUCGUUAAGUAUACUAAACAGUACCUAUCCUUAUUGGUACACGAAAAAAAGUGAAUAAUUUGUUGUUAUUUUUGUUCGGAUUGAGUGCCAGGUUUAUUAUCUUUCCUAAAAAAAAAACAUGCACGAUGCGCAAAAUAAUUGAUUAUAGCUUGAAGAUUUCUUAAAAGACGUUUUCAUUCUUGUUGAAAAAUACUGUAUACAUGUACUGCUAUGCAUAUUUGAUAAAAGUAAAGAAGUCAGCGGGGAAAGUCUUCGGGUCUGUUAGUAUUACCGGGUACCAAAAAGUAUUUCCAGGACCAUUAAGCACUUUUCGAUCGUUUUGGGGUACAUGUAUAUCGAGUAUAUUUCAAGGUACAUGGUGGGCCUACAAACAGUACCCGGGAUGGUAAUAA